AUGUCUGGUAAGUGUCUUUUGAAGAUCGAACCUUCGCCGACCAACGACACAAAUCCACGUCCCGCAACGUGCUCGAACCCGGAAAACGGUCUCUUGGAAAGCCCCGGAACAGAACCUUUUGGAAGUCCAAACGCUUGGAUUCCAGAUCUCGACACUGUCUGCGGAAGUCUCUGGGAACUGAUCACCAAAGAGUUGCCUCCGUACGCUUGCAACGAGUCCGUUUUAAACAACGCCCAGUCGAUCGUGCCGUCCAAAGUGAUAUUGCAGAACGUUUUGGAAGUCUGCGACGUGCGGAAAAGUGACUUGGGGUUAUAUGCAGAAACAAGCAACGCCAGCGGCACAGUCGAGACCAAGCGUUGGUAUAGCGACGCGUGGCCGCCAUACACCAGCCUUUUGAACGGUUCUUGUAAUUGUAAAGACGACUGA